AUGUAUAGACCCAAUUUGCACAUCAAUUCAAAGAAAAAUGUUUCAAGUAUUAAGUUGUCAGUUUACCGGCUGGUGGGUGAAGACACCCAGGGUGGAAGCUGUGCUUCUCUUCUGGAUCUCCACCACCUGUCCUGGGCACUGCUGCUCUCCCAGCUAGCAGCCAGCCUGGGAACCAGUCAAACCUGCUAUCCGAGAUUGCAGCUAGGCAAAUGCUCCCAGCUGGCGGAAAGGGAGGAACCUUCCAGAGAGUACCUAAUUAGGAGCCAAGGGGAGAACCCUCAAGAGUACAGACUAAGGGACUCACCCGCCCCCCAGAACAGUGUGAACCCCACAGAAUCCCACUGCACCCCUGAUGUCAGCCUGGAGACUCGUGGCAGGACUGUCAGGUUAUGCAACCCCCACCUCGUUCCCAUCUCCUGGCACUCAGAGGGGCUGGCCUUCAUCAGAGGCUGGCUGACUCAGGUUUGCAGAUGGGAGUGCUCAGGCAGUUCCAGGAGUCAACGUGACGACCCUGCGGGACGACUGAACAAACUGACCUCCCACAGCCGAGCAGAAUGGGUCCCAGCCUGUGCUGAGCCAGCUUUCAGCAUGGGGAUGCCUUUUCUUAGCAGACAGGCCAGCCAGGACAACGGGAGCCCUCUGAGGCCUGAGAGCACUCCUAAAAGAGGACCUGUAAGCUGCCUUUGUCGCAGCCAUUAUCGAUGGCUUUCUCAGCUGAGGGCACUGACACUCUCCCUCUCUCCUCCAGGCCUGUGGGUCCUCAUUGCCCACCCUCCUGCCCGCUGCCCUGGGCACAAGCCAUCAUACCUCUCAGCUGGAAGACUGAGUGUUGCAAGCUUGAGGGAAGACCUGCAGGCCCUGAGAGAGACCCAGGGCCUGAGAGGUGCACAGGUUCCCACGGCUGCGAAGGAAGAAGCCACCUCCUCUCCUUCGCUUUCUCCUUUGGUCCUUGGUACCCCAGAGAGAGCGCCUGCUGAGGGGAAACUGAGUCCUCUCUGGAGUUCUCAGAGAGCCUGCCCCUCCCCCACUGCCAUCAACCUGAGCAGCUCCAGCAGCCAAGAAGAGGAGGGACCCAGCACCCCCCAGGCUCCACGAGAUCCUAAGUCAGUGCUCGCUGCCAUGCUAAACAAGAAGGUGGCUGAACUGGUGCAGUUCCUGAGUGCCAAGUAUGUGACAGAGGAGCCCAUCACGAAGGGAGAAAUGCUGGAGACCGUCAUCAGAGAGGAGAAGGCCUUCCCUGUGAUCUUCAGGAAAGUCUGUGAGUGUGUGGAAACUGUCUUUGGCAUUGAAGUGAAGGAAGUGGACCCCGCCAGCCACUCCUACAUGCUCGUCAAAUCAGCAGACCUCACUUACGACGGGCUGCUGAGGGAUGACCAGGGCGCACCCAGGACCGGUCUCCUGGUACUCAUCCUGGGCGUUAUCCUCGUGAAAGGCAACCGGGCCUCUGAGGAGAGGCUCUGGCAAGUGCUGAAUAUGAUCGGGAUGUGUCCUGGGAAGAAAGAUUUCAUCUAUGGGGAGCCCAGGAAGCUCAUCCCCAAAGAUUUGGUGCAGGAAAAGUACCUGGUGUACCAGCAGCUGCCCGACAGCGAUCCUCCACGCUAUGAGUUCCUGUGGGGGCCGAGGGCACACGUGGAAACCAGCAAGAUGAAAGUCCUCCAGUUAUUCGCCAAGAUCAGUGGAAAUGAUGCCACUUCCUUCCCAUCCUGGUAUGAGGAAGCUUUGAGGGAUGAGAGGGUGAGAGCCCGGGCCGUGCUGGCACCAGUGAAAGUUCCAGCAUCCUGUCCAGCAGCCCCUCCUGCCCUGAGGAGGUCUGAAGCAGGUCCUGAGGCCUAUUUGAAGACAACAGCCAACAUUCUAAGUAGUGGGAAGCAGGGGGGCGGCCUGGGGGAACAUGGUGUAUAACCCUG